UGCCGGGGCUCCGAGGUCCCGUCCUCCCCUGUGGAGGCGGUGUGUCCAUGGUCGGGUCGCGGGCAGCUGGCCUGAGCCUCCCCGCGGGCAGCCGGUGGCUGUGGCUGGGAGGCGUGGAUGCCUCGAGCAGGCUCCCUUUGGUCCAGCCUCACUGGGGGAGCUGGGACCCACAGGACCCACGGGCUGGUGCCGGAGCCUGGCGCAACUGCCAUGUCCACGUGGCCCAGGCCAGCAGGACACAGGUGCCCAGCCUGGGACAGGAGGGGUCUGUCUGGCAGCCCCCUGGCUGGCUGUUGGCCGCAGGUCACGUGGAGGGUCCCAGCGGGGAUGGCGCAGCGGAGGCUUCUGUACCAUGACCUCCUCGAGACCUGGGCUCAGCAGCCGGACACUCGACCCCCACAGUGAGUUCAGGAGUCACUGGGGCUGGCCGCUGCCGUCCUGGGAGGUGACCACCUCCACCUGAGCCAGGAGGGAGGGGCCAGGUGUCCUCGGGCAGAUGCUCCUCACGUUGUCCCCCCCAGCUUGUGUCUGGGGCGGGUCUGCCUGUAGCUGCUGACUGUGGACAUGGCCUGGGGCCGGGGUCUCCUUCCCCGUUGUUCCUGCUGGAGUCUGCCAAUUGCGGGGGGGGGGGUGUCAUGAGGGUCUCCUGUGCUGCCCUCCAGGGUAGUGAGCCGUGCCACCUUCCUCAAGGCUGGGCUGCAGGCAGCAGGUCCUUGACGGCCAGCCACAGCUCUGACGGCCCGUAGCCCCAGGCUGCACCAGCCGAGGGGUGGCUGGCCGUGGGGGUCCUGCCUUAAGCAUCGAGCCUCCACCCGGGCCUCCACUGGAGCCUGUGGGUGCCACCUGGCUACAGCCGUCUUGCUGCCUGCAGCCCAGAGGUGAGGAAGGGCCCCAGCUCCCCCUGGGGACCCGCCCACUGUCACUUGCUCUCCUCUGCUGCUGGCUCGUCUGGCUGUGCACAGCUACUGGGGGGACAGUCCUGGGGACUGGAGAGCCCAAGGGGCCCGGCUGAGUUGAGGGCAGCCCCUCAGUAAGGGUGGGCCCUGUGCCCCAAGAAGAGGAGGGGGCAGAAGGGAUCUGGGGCAGCUAUGUGCCACACCUUUCCUCCGAGGUCAACCAGUCUCCCCUGCUGGCCCCGCUCACCCCAGGUCACCAAGGCUGGGACAGCCUGGGAGCCCGGUGGGUUGGCUGUCCUGCUUCCAGACCCUGCCCUUCCCGGGAGCGGGGCCAGUGCCUGUGGCAGCACCAGGACCCUAGGGUGGGGGCCCUGCAGCGGAGCCAGAGGGGUCAGGAUCCGGGAGAGGUGGUGACGAGAGAGGUCGUAGGAGGCGGCUGAGGGGCUGUGAUGGAGUGAGUCCCGCCCGUGGCUUCAGGGCCCCGCCCUGAAGGGGCCGGGGUGGAGGCCGCCUCGCCCCUCGGGCAGUAGCAGUGUGGGUUCCGCCCCCAUCAUCGCCCCGGGCCACCCGUGAGCCCUCCCCCUUGGAGUCCGCCAGCUCUGGGGAGGAGGGGAGGGUUUAUUUGGCGGCAGCGCGGGCGGCAAGGGCACUGCUCACGAGGGAACCUGUGGGGACAGGGGUGUGUCCUCCCGCUUCCCUUGCUAGCCAGGCUCAUCCUGCGCAGACAUGCACCAGUGGUGGCCGGGCAGCCCUCGGGGCUGUGCUCCCGCGCCGGGGCUCUGAGUGCCUUCAGGCACCUGGGCUCACAUCACUGAGCCGCUGCAGCCGACCCGGCAGCCAACAUGCACUGGGUCUGGGCGGCCGCCGCGGCCCUCCUCUGGCCACAGCUCACGCUCCUUGGGGGCGUGAGGGCCCGGCGGGAGCCCAAGAGGCCACGGAAGCCCGGCCAGCACCCCGCAGCCCCCAACGCCACCACGUCCAGCAGCGAGGGGCUACUGGGCUUCCCCAAGCUGCCUGAGGCCUCAGGGCCUGAGUUCACAGAUGCCCACAUGACAUGGCUGAACUUCGUCCGGCGCCCCGAUGACGGGGCCUCAAAGAAACGGUGCCGAGGCCAGGACAAGAAGUCGCGAGGCCCCCCUGGCCCCCCAGGACCCCCCGGUGCGGAAGUGACCCAGGAGGCUGUGCUCCGGGAGUUUCAGGGGAUGCUGAAGGAGGCUACCGAGCGUCGGUCCUCAGCGCCGCUGGGCCCCCCGCUGCCCGAGGGGACGGGGAGGUGGCUGGUGUCCGAGGCCUUCCACUGUCGGCUGAAGGGCCCGGUGCUGGUGGACAAGAGGACGCUGGUGGAGCUGCAGGGCUUCCAGGCCCCCGCUGCCCAGGGCGCCUUCCUGCGGGGGUCUGGCCUGAGCCUGGCCUCCGGUCGGUUCACGGCCCCGGUCACCGCCAUCUUCCAGUUCUUUGCUAGCCUGCACGUGGGUGAGCGGGGCCGGGCCAGGGUGCAUGUGGGGCGUGGGGGCUGGCCUUCCGGGUGUGCCCCAGGCCUGGGUCCUAUUGCAGAGGCGUCUCCUGCUCGCACCCUGACUCCCUUGGGGGCUGGACGGGUCCUCACGCCCACCCUCCCCAACCUGCAGUGUGCCCCGAAGCCCCCCAGCCCCUGCCCCCCCUGCUCCGUCCUCCCUGAAGGUGCUGCAGACCUGGCCUGUCUCCGCAGACCCCAGGGAGCUGCAGGGCAGGGCCCGGCUGCGGGCCCGGGACACAGUGCGUGUGCUGGUCUGCAUCGAGUCCCUGUGCCAUCGCCACACGUCCCUGGAGGCCAUCUCCGGCCUGGAGAGCGGCGGCAGGGUCUUCACGGUGCACGUGCAGGGGCUGCUGCAGCUGCAGGCGGGACAGUACACCUCCGUCUUUGUGGACAAUGGCUCCGGUGCAGCCCUCACCGUCCAGAGCAGCUCCAGCUUCUCCGGCCUGCUCCUGGGCACGUGAGGGGCCGACGGGCCGCGGGGCAGCUGCCGCAACCCUCACCCCGCUGCCCUCCGGUAAACCUGGGGUCACAGCAAUAAAGAGCCCCCAGCCCUUCCUGUCGCCUGGUCGC